CAGGCCUGGUAUGACUAUAAGCUCAAAUGGGACCCAAAAGACUAUGGCGGUGUGGAGAUGCUCCAUGUACCAUCUGAUCACAUCUGGAGACCGGACAUUGUCCUAUACAACAAUGCCGACGGCAAUUUCGAGGUGACCUUGGCCACGAAGGCGACCUUGAAUUUCACGGGACGCGUCGAUUGGAAGCCGCCCGCCAUCUACAAGUCCUCCUGCGAAAUAGACGUCGAGUACUUCCCGUUCGACGAGCAAACUUGCGUCAUGAAGUUCGGCUCGUGGACGUACGACGGCUUCCAGGUAGACCUUCGUCAUUUGGACGAGAUGAAGGGAUCAAACGUAGUCGAUAUAGGCAUCGAUUUGACAGAAUUUUAUACUUCAGUUGAGUGGGAUAUACUAGAAGUUCCUGCAAUCAGGAAUGAAAAGUUUUAUACGUGCUGUGAUGAACCGUACCUCGACAUAACAUUCAACAUAACGAUGAGGAGGAAAACCCUCUUCUACACAGUUAACCUCAUCAUCCCGUGCAUGGGAAUUUCCUUUCUCACCGUGCUGGUUUUCUAUCUUCCAUCCGAUAGUGGAGAAAAAGUGAGUUUAUCCAUCUCCAUUCUCCUAUCGCUGACUGUAUUUUUCCUGCUACUUGCCGAGAUCAUCCCCCCCACUUCGCUUGUGGUGCCUUUGCUUGGCAAAUUUGUACUUUUUACAAUGAUUUUAGACACAUUCAGUAUAUGUGUUACCGUAGUGGUACUAAACGUCCACUUUCGGUCCCCCCAGACCCACGUGAUGGCCCCGUGGGUGAGACGCGUAUUCAUCCACAUUCUUCCGAGGCUCCUGGUAAUGCGAAGACCACACUAUCAACUCGACAGUAGAAGCCACCGUGUCAUGGUGAGGACGUGUAAUGGCCUUGAAAUGAGAGAUUCUGGGCUUUAUGCAGAUGGAGGAGAAUUGGUGGAGGAGGAACCUUCUGGAUUUUUUCCUAAUGCCAGUUCGAUUGAUGAACUCACACCAAGGGAACUGGAGGCCGGAGCCCUACGUUCGUGCAGCAUCCACGGCACUACCCCUCCGCCCGGCCUUGCCUACCACCACCUCACGGACGCCAAGACGGGCGUCGACCCUCUGGGCGUCGGCCACCUGUCCGAGCACCUGGAGGAGAUGCUGCUGCGCGAACCUCUUCCGUGGCACAGGUGCCCCGAGGUGCACAAGGCCAUCGACGGGGUCAGGUUCAUCGCAGACCACACGAGGAGAGAGGAGGACUCGACCAAGGUAAAAGAGGACUGGAAAUACGUGGCCAUGGUCCUCGACCGCCUCUUCCUCUGGAUAUUCACGUUGGCCGUGCUCGUAGGCACUGCCGGCAUCAUCCUGCAAGCUCCCACCCUGUACGACGAUCGACGUCCCAUCGACAUCCGUCUCUCGGAGAUAGCGUCCACGACGGCGAAACCCCAUCUGGCGAUCGCUCUGUAA